CGCCUAGUUUCCGCACCAAAAACUAAUUUCCCACUUUUCAACUCACAAAAAGAAACACAAAAUAACCGCUAAAUUAAUCCACGUCGCCGAUCCGCGCCCAUAGUUCUUCUCAUCUCAACCCUCCAUUCCAAAUAAUCAACGGCCUAAAUCCAUCUUUAAUCAUUUCACACGGAUAACCUACCAUCUUAGCUCCCCUCCACUUCCCAUAUAAAUACUCCCCCACCAUUUCAUUUCUUUCACGGAAAUUUAAAUCGGAAAUUUUUCAAAGUUUUGAAUAUUCGUUCUCUUCUAUCGAUAUUUGAAAAAUAUGUCAGGAAGAGGAAAGGGAGGCAAGGGGUUAGGCAAGGGCGGAGCAAAGCGCCACCGCAAGGUCCUCCGUGAUAACAUCCAGGGAAUCACGAAACCGGCGAUCCGGCGUCUAGCUCGUAGGGGAGGUGUCAAGCGUAUCAGUGGCUUGAUCUACGAGGAAACCCGUGGAGUGUUGAAGAUCUUCUUGGAGAACGUGAUCCGCGACGCCGUGACCUACACUGAGCACGCCAGGAGAAAGACGGUGACCGCCAUGGAUGUCGUUUAUGCCCUCAAGAGGCAGGGUAGGACUUUGUACGGUUUCGGCGGCUAGAUUGGUAUUUACUGUUCAGGAUUGCAGAAGUUGGCUGCGAUGGCGGUGGCGAUGGUGGUGGGGGGAUUUGAAGUCUUGCGGUCAAGAAUGUUUGAGCGUAGUGUCAGCGUUAGGGUUUUGUAAUUAGUGAUUAUUAGAAAUUAGACAUUGGGUACUAUAUGCUUUCGUUUAUGAUUUGUGAUUCUUGUAUUGGAUUACAGAUUUUAAUGAAAUCUGUUGGUUUUUUAUUCUACAA